GCCCCUCGCUGUCCUGGGUGCGCCUCGGGCCGCUGCGCUCCUGGCCAGCUCCCCCCAGCGCCUGGGAGGCGACCCCCAGUGCGCCCGGGUUCAAAGGCCCGGUGAGGCAGCUCCAGCCCCUCUGGGGGGCGGGGAGGCGACGGGGGUGGUGCAGAAGCCAGAAAAGCCCGAGCCACAGCCGGCCAGCUCCGCACAGGGAUGGGCAGCGCGCUCUGAAAGUUUAUGACCGCCGCAGCCAACUCCUGGCCGGAGCUGGAGACGCAGCGAGCGAUCAGCCGUCCUCGAACCCCCACAGCUGGAGGGCGAGGCCAGCUGUACCCGGCCCCAGUGCCCUUUCGCGGCCACAAGCGGCCGUCCUCCUGGUCCGGUGCUCAGGCGCCUGAUCUGGGUUCAUGGAGCCGGGGCUGUGGCUCCUUUUCGGGCUCACAGUGACCUCCGCCGCAGGAUUCGUGCCUUGCUCCCAGUCUGGGGAUGCUGGCAGGCGCGGCGUGUCCCAGGCCCCCACUGCAGCCAGAUCUGAGGGGGACUGUGAAGAGACUGUGGCUGGCCCUGGCGAGGGGACUGUGGCCCCGACAGCACUGCAGGGUCCAAGCCCUGGAAGUCCUGGGCAGGAGCAGGCGGCCGAGGGGGCCCCUGAGCACCACCGAUCCAGGCGCUGCACGUGCUUCACCUACAAGGACAAGGAGUGUGUCUACUAUUGCCACCUGGACAUCAUUUGGAUCAACACUCCCGAACAGACCGUGCCCUAUGGACUGUCCAACUACAGAGGAAGCUUCCGGGGCAAGAGGUCUGCAGGGCUGCUUCCAGGGAACCUGCAGCUCUCACAUCGGCCACACUUGCGCUGCGCUUGUGUGGGGAGAUAUGACAAGGCCUGCCUGCACUUCUGCACCCAAACUCUGGACGUCAGCAGUAAUUCAAGGACGGCAGAAAAAACAGACAAAGAAGAGGAAGGGAAGGUGAGAGGUGCCAACAGAGGCCUGUGUCAAAGGAGGUUGAAGUCAAGGACAGACAAAGCAAGCAGGCUUUAGACCUCCACCAUCCAAAGCUCGUGCCUGGCAGUGGACUCGCCCUCGCUCCAUCUACCUGCCCCCGCUGCCUCUUUCAGGAAGGAGUCCCUUAGGAGGACAGGCCUGCAGUAUCCUGGUCUCGGGAGGCUUCUGUCAUUGCUCACACACAGUUCAGAUUUCCACCUCUUUAUGGACAAGGAGUGUAUUUGCCUGGGGCAGAACACCCACCCAAAGAGUCCCCACUUAACAAUAACCCCCCACUGCAAGAAUGCCCAAAUCCGAAUGACCCCAGUUUUCCUAAUGGGUAAAAUGAUCCCAGAUGUGCCCCAGAGCAUGACGCCCGCAGCUCCGGUUUCAUGCAGGAAAUUGUUUUUGGAGAGCUUUGGCAAGUUGGAAAGCCACUUACUGGCUUUUGACAUGACUUCUCUUGGAGAAUAAGUGGACUCCAAGCUAACUCUUUGCAAAUGUAAACACAUGUCCAUCUUGUAAUAAAUGCAAAAUGCCCGUGCAGCAGAAGCAUGCGACUUUCAUAUCCUUGCCUAGUAUAGGCUGCAUGGUGUAUGUCAGUGAGGGCCACGAGGCGUCGGCUUUAGAUAUAGAUCAUAGCUCUACAGGAGUUUAUAAAUUUGAAGCUUAUGGGAUUUUGGCAGAGAAAUUUUCAGCUGCGCUUGAUACCCACCAAAAGAAUGUAUCUCAAAAGAAUGAAGGAAGAAGAAAAAAGGAUCCUUGAUGUUUGUGACAAGAAAAGGAGAAAGUUAGUAUCUGCAAUACAGAGCUUGUUCCUGUUCAGUGACUGACCCUCUGUAUUCUGUAUAGACACCAGGCCGAUACGUAGUGGAGUUCCCAGGCCUUGUUUGCAGGAAGCCGACUGUAGAGACAGCCCCAGCUUAAGGCUAUUAGGUUGAAUAUUUGCUUUCAUGAGUAAAUGUGGAUCUUUGGGAAAUGGCUUCAAAAUAAGUCACGAACACAAAUUCUUUGUAAAUUAUGUAAAUUCCUGUUUAUAUAAAUUGGCAACAACUUGCACUGUCUGACAGUUCAAAAUCUCUUUCAGCUGCGCUCCUCCCACCGAGCUGAGCUUACCGUGAGUGUGGAAAUGUGAUCCUGCCAUGUAAAGUCGCCUGCGCAGGGGAGGGGCUGCCCAUCUCCUCACUCAGUCACAGAGAGAUAAGAAACGGCAUUUGAGUGGGUGUCCAGGGCCCCGGAGGGAGACAUUUAAGAUGGUGUAUGACAGAGCAUUGGCCUUGACCAAAUGUUAAAUUCUUUCUGUGUAUUUCAUAAGUUAUUACAGGUAUAAAAGUGAUGACCUAUCAUGAGGAAAUGAAAGUGGCUGAUUUGCUGGUAGGAUUUUGUACAGUUUAGAGAAGCGAUUAUUUAUUGUGAAACUGUUCUCCAACUCCUUUAUGUAGAUGUGUUCAAAGUAGUCACUGUAUAUACGUAUAGAUAGGUAGAUAGGUAGGUAGAUUUUAAAUUGCCUUCUGAAUACAAACUCAUAUUCCUUACAGCCUGAAUUACAUUUUUAACAUGCAUAUGCGCUGUUUGGCACCGCGGCAAGAUGGUAUUAGAGAGAAACCCAUUAAUUGCUCAAAUACUCAGAAAGUACUGUCAAAAGCCUAAUAAAAAACCUAAAGUUUACUCUGA